AUGGCACGCGUUCAGCAAAUCAUUCUGUUUGGGGAUCAAACUGACGACUUUACUUCGCUCCGUUGUCUUCUCACUCCUAAUGCAGAACCAUUACUGAAUGCCUUUCUGAACAAGGCCAUACGAGGAUUGCGAACGGAGAUCAGCUCACUGCCGCUUCAAGUCCGCCAACAAUACCCUCAUUUCCCGUCGAUUGGCAGUUUGCUGGACUGGAGGGAUGCUCAGAAAAAUGCCUAUCCAUCUAUUGAUAGUGCUCUGACCUGUAUCAACCAGCUGGCUCACUUCAUAUAUGCUCAAAGCGAAGCCUCUACCUAUACUAGGCCCUCAGCUACCAUAAUCGGUGGUCUUUGCCUGGGCUCUCUAUCUGCAGCGGCCGUUAGCAGUUGCCAAUCUAUCUCUGAACUCCCCGAUGUUGGAGCACGAACCAUCCGGAUUGCAUUUAGAACGGGCCUGCAUGUAUCGCGAGUCGGGCGCGCGAUUGAUCAAUCUGAAACGGAGUCAUGGUCUAUGGUGGUUGCGACACGAUCACCAGAUGAUAUUUCACACCGAAUCGAUAGAUUCAUUGAAGCCCAGCAUCUACCAACGCAUACUCGACCCUAUAUCAGCGCAUAUCUGUCUCAUGCUGUGACAAUCAGUGGACCGCCCACGAGUCUGUUUAGCCUGAGACAAUCUGCCGAGUUUACUAGUCUCGCCCCACGAUCUAUCCCUAUUUUUGCUCCUUAUCACUCUUCUUCUCUUUUUAACCCUUCCGAUUCUGAGUCUAUUCUAGGUAACCUUCUCGCCAAUGAGAAGGAGACUACAAGCAACAUCCCGUUCAUCUCCAGUACGAGCGGAAGACUCUUUGAGGGAACCAAUGUCCGUUCUCGAUUUGAAUAUGCCCUGGCUCAGAUUCUCCUGGAGACUCUCCGCUGGCAGAGCUUUGUCAAUGGAAUGAUCGCGGCGCUCCCUGGUCAUGAUACCCCUGAAGCCCCACAAUUCCAUGUCCAGUCAUUUGGUAGUUCUGCAGGGCCUCGUCUUGCCGAAGCAAUCGAGGCUGCUACCGGCCUCACUCGGUAUCAACCCGCCCCUUCCACUAACCCGGCGUUGAAACCGACGGAAAACAUCGACUCUUCCAAGAUUGCUAUCAUCGGAUACUCUGGCCGGUAUCCACACGCCGAGUGUAACGAGGAAUUUUGGGACCUGCUCAUCAAGGGACUUGACGUGCACGAGGUCGUCCCGGCCACGCAUUGGGAUGCACGAACUCACGUCGCAGAGCCAGGAAAGGGAAAGAAGAACACAAGUGCCACGCCCUAUGGUUGUUGGUUGCAGAACCCAGCGGCGUUUGAUGCUCGCUUCUUCAAUCUGUCACCUCGUGAGGCCCCUCAGGUAGACCCUGCGCAACGCAUUGCCUUGAUGACGGCAUACGAGGCUAUGGAGCGAGCUGGCCUGGUACCUAAUGCCACACCAUCCACUGCGAAAGACCGUGUCGGUGUCUGGUACGGUGUUACAUCCAAUGAUUGGAUGGAGACCAACACGGCACAGAACAUUGACACGUACUUCAUCCCCGGUGGCAAUCGGGCUUUCAUUCCUGGUCGGCUGAACUACUGUUUCAAAUUCACUGGUCCUAGCUAUGCAGUUGACACCGCAUGUUCGUCUAGUCUGGCAGCUAUUCACCUUGCCUGCAAUGCCCUCUGGCGUGGGGAAGUUGACACUGCUAUUGCAGGAGGUACCAAUAUCCUCACGAACCCCGACUUCACGGCUGGUUUGGAUCGCGGCCACUUCUUGUCUCGAACGGGCAAUUGCAAGACGUUUGAUGACGAAGCUGAUGGAUACUGCCGUGGUGAAGGUGUCGGCACUGUCAUUUUGAAGCGUCUUGAUGAUGCUCUGGCAGACCGCGAUCCUAUUUGCGGUCUCAUCUUGAGUGCCGGGACAAACCACUCUGCCGAUGCAGAGUCUAUUACCCGUCCCCAUUCCGGUGCGCAGCAACAUCUUAUCCAGAAUCUUCUGCGCACGGCUGGUGUUUCACCCUACAGCAUUAGCUAUGCUGAGAUGCAUGGAACAGGAACCCAGGCCGGAGAUGCUGGGGAGAUGAACUCUGUGCUGUCUACGCUGGCCCCAUCUUCUGUUCCCUACCGCACUCCAGAUCAGCCGCUGUAUCUGGGAUCCGCAAAGGCUAAUAUUGGACACGGAGAGGCUGCUUCUGGUGUGUCGAGUCUGAUCAAGGUGUUGUUAAUGAUGGAAAAUAAUGCCAUCGCGCCUCACUGCGGUAUCAAGACUCGCAUUAACCGCAAAUUCCCCACAGAUCUUGGCGACCGCAAUGUUCAUAUUGCAUUGACUCCCACAGCGUGGGAACAACGACAGGGCGAGCCUCGUCGCGUGCUGGUGAACAACUUCAGCGCCGCUGGUGGUAACACUGCGCUCUUGUUGGAAGACGCACCCCCGUUGCCUGAGCCUACUGAGGAAAUCGAUCCUCGAACUAAUCAUCUUGUUGCUGUCUCAGCCAAGUGUGCGUCUUCCCUCGAAGCGAAUGUCAAGUCACUACUUGGCUUCAUCGAAUCCGCUGGAGAAGGCCUCUCUCUGCCGCAGCUUUCGUACACAACAACUGCCCGUCGCAUGCACCAUCUGCAUCGUGUUAUUGUGCAAGGCACCAACAUCCCCGAUAUUCAGCAGCAGCUCCAGGCUGCCCUGUCUCGCGGUGACGGUGCUAACCGGCCACUCGGGAUUCCUAAACUGGUGUUCGCUUUCACCGGACAGGGUAGCCAAUUCGUUGGUAUGAGCCGACAGCUCUACGAGUCUAUGCCAUCAUUCCGCAGCAACAUGCAGCUCUUGGACCGCAUUUCUCAAUCACUUGGCUUUGAUAGCUUCCUGCCUUUUAUUGAGAAUGAUUCCGAUUCCAGCUUGAAGCGCUUCUCACCUAUGACUGCACAGCUGGCGAGCGUAUGCCUUCAAAUUGCGUUGGCCCGUCUCUGGGCGUCGUUCGGAAUCAUCCCCAGUGCCGUUUUCGGUCAUAGUCUGGGAGAAUAUGCCGCCUUGAAUGUGGCAGGUGUCUUGUCCGAUGCUGAUACCGUCUUCCUUGUUGGUAAGCGAGCACAGCUCUUGGAGGAGCAUUGCACUCUGCACACCCACAGCAUGUUGGUAGCACGGGCAUCAGCGGCAGAUGUUGAGUCUGUCGUGUCUGGGAUGCAAUACGAAAUUGCGUGUAUCAACGCGCCCGAAGAGACAGUUCUGGCGGGUCCCAAUGACCAGAUUGAAGCGCUUCAGCAAGCCCUGUCGCAAGCGGGUGUGCGAUCCAAGACGAUCCCCGUUUCAUAUGCCUACCACUCGUCCCAGGUUCAGCCCAUCCUGGAUGAUCUGGUUCAGGCAGCUCAGCCGAUUGUUUUCAACAAACCGUCGAUCCCCGUCCUGUCGCCCCUGCUGGGUGAGAUUGUGGAGAAUGAAGGAACGUUCGGGCCUGAAUACCUCCAGCGACACUGCCGUGAGACUGUGAACUUCCAUCGAGCCAUGCAGGUAGCUCGAACUGCGGGCAUAAUCACUGAUCGCACCCAAUUCGUCGAGAUUGGCCCCCAUGGAGUGGUGACGGGCCUGAUCAAAGCAUCCUCGAAGACAGCUCAGGCGCAUGCCGUGCCGACUCUGCAGCGCGGACGCGAUGACUGGCAGAGCCUGGGCGAGGCUAUGUCGACUCUGUACCGUGCCGGGAUGGACAUUACAUGGAAUGAGUAUCACCGGUCGUUUGCUGCCGCACAGCACGUCAUUCGCCUUCCAGCGUAUAACUGGAACUUAAAAGAAUACUGGGUUCAGUACGUCAAUGACUGGUCUCUACGCAAAGGCGAUCCGCCUAUUAUUCAAAAUGCUCGUCUGGAGGAAUCAACUACGAUCCAUCGCAUUUUGGAGGAGACCAAGGAUGGUAUCGUGGUUGAAGCCGAUUUGUGUCGCAAGGAUCUGAGUCCCAUCGUACAAGGUCACAACGUUGAUGGGAUUCCUCUCUGUACUCCGUCUGUAUAUGCCGAUAUUGCCAUGACGGUGGGUGAGUACCUCCGCAGCCGCAGCCAAUGCCAGGAUGUCGACAGCGUGGUUGCAAUCACGGAAAUGACCAUCAAGAAGGCGCUUAUUGCAAAGCCCAGUGGCACCCAUCUUCUGCGUGCGGCGACAACUGUCAAUUGGGACGCAGGCAGUGCCUUGUGUCGAUUCCUCACCCACGAUUCCAAGGGUCAGCCCACUAAUGAGCACGCACACUGCACGAUUCUUCUCUCAAGCCCAACUCGCCGCCCAGCUGCGGAGAAAGACCGUGCUAAGAUCCAGAAACGUGUGCAAGAGAUGCGUCAGGGUCUGGAGCCUGGCAAAACGCAACGAUUCAACCGUGCUAUGGUGUACAAGAUGAUCCGUCCUUUGGCCGAAUUCCACCAAGACUAUCGCACAAUUGAGGAAGUUAUCAUUGAUAGCAAGACCCUAGAGGCUGCUGGUCGCGUUUGCUUCUCUGAGGUGCAAUCUCCUGGAAAGUUCCAUACCCACCCGUCUUAUCUCGACGGCCUGGCUCAGUCUAGUGGAUUUGUGAUGAACUGCAAUGAUGACGCUGACCUUGACCGGGAAGUGUUUGUCAACCACGGCUGGAAGAGCUUGCAGUUGUAUGAGCCCCUACGGCCAGAUGCACACUACAGUACAUUUGUGCAGAUGGCUGAGGGCGAUAGCCGCAUGUAUGAGGGCGAUAUGAUCGUGAUGGACGGGGAUACCGUUGUGGCAACCUUCCAGGGUGUUGUGUCCCAAGGUGUUCCCAGACACGUGUUGCGCUACGUACUCUCGAUGGAGAGCGGCGAUCCAGCCCUUGUCGCGUCUGCUAAGAAAGCUCUUGUCGCCUCUGCGAAGCAGACACCCAAGACAGGAGCCCCUGCACCAAAGAAGGUUGGCCAUCGAAAUACUCUAUCCCCUCUGGUCGCGGCACCUCCAGUGACUGCAAAGUCACCACCACCAGCCAGCUCAUCUUCCCUCGUGGCAUCUGCGCUGCAAAUCAUCUCGGAGGAGAGUGGCGUUGCUCUGUCCGAGCUGGAAGAAAGCUGCGUCUUUUCAGAUAUGGGGCUGGACUCUCUCCUUUCUCUUGUCAUCACAAGUCGAUUCCGCGAGGAGCUGCCCAUAGACGUACCUGUUGAAGGUUUCUUCAUCACCUAUCCCACAGUGGCUGAUUUGAAGACGUACCUUGGCCAGCAUGAAAGCAAUGAUACAACGCCAACACCAAUCCCAGAUGUUCCCACGCCUGUUGCUGUCGAGGAAUUCCCCGUCUCUGCUCCUCAGGCCAAGGUGGCAUCGACCCCUUCAAAUUGGACUACUGCACUGUCAAUCAUCUCUGAAGAGAGUGGAAUCAGCAUCGCCGAGUUGACUGAUGACUGUGUCUUCUCUGACAUGGGUAUCGACUCAUUGCUUUCACUCGUGAUUGUUAGCCGAUUCGCUGAAGAGCUGGAAAUGGACGUUCCCCUUGAAUCCAUUUUCACUGAUUACCCGACCAUUGGCGAGAUCAAAGUCCUGUUCCUGGCCGAUCCAUCUAGCAGUGAUUACUCGAGCUCAGGCGAUGAUAACAAUGGCAGUCCGGCCUCAGGAGCCAUCACUCCAUCCUCGGAGACGUCAGAGUACUUCCAGUCUGGUAAUAGCGACAAAGAUGCAAAGCCAGCAGCCCAACCUGUGCCGAAGACCACAUCUGUUCUCUUGCAGGGCUCGCCCGCGAAGACGGAGAAGACGUUGUUCCUCUUCCCCGAUGGUGCUGGCUCGGCGACCUCGUACACAGGAAUUCCACGGGUCGACUCCAGUGUUUCUGUUGUAGGCCUGAACUCACCUUACCACCGCCAGCCACAUCUCUUCAAUUGCACCGUGGAGGGCCUGAUCAAGAGCUACAUUGAGGAAGUCCGUCGUCGCCAACCAAGCGGGCCCUACCACUUCGGCGGUUGGUCUGCAGGCGGUAUUUUGGCCUAUCGCGCAACUCAAAUGAUAAUCGAGGAUUACCAAGAACGAGUUGCAAGUCUCACUCUCAUCGACAGUCCCGUGCCCAAUGGUCUGGAUCGUCUGCCACAGCACUUCUAUGAUUACUGCAACAAGGUACAUCUCUUUGGCAAAUGCCAAGGUGAACAAGGUCCUGCCCAGGCGCCUGAAUGGCUGGUUCCCCAUUUCAACGCCACGAUCGACACACUGCACGAGUACUAUGCUGCACCCUUGACGCUUACUGAAGCUAACAAGCCCCGCGUAUCGAUGAUCUGGGCUUGCUCAAGUGUCAUGGACAAUGCGGAUAUUCCACGGCCGCCGUCCUGUGAAGAGGACACGGAGGGAAUGAAGUUUUUAACUGAGGCUCGCACCGACUUUUCGGAUAAUGGUUGGGCGAGGCUCUUCCCUGGUUGCGAGAUUAACAUUGAGAAGGCGCAUGGCGCCAAUCACUUUAGCAUGAUGAGGGGAGACUUUGCCGCUAACCUUGCAUCCUUCAUUCAUCAGUCGCUCUGA